GCUGCUUGCGCUGCUUCAACGGCAAGGAGCAGCAGGAAAACAAUGGGGUCUACAGGGAGAGCUCUGGGGAGCGAGCACUGCAAUUAGCGCUUGAGUGGGCAGCGCAACCAUUGGUGCAUCCUUUGCUCCCGGAACUACUGCCUCACCGGGGAUGGAUUUUGCUGUUAAAAAAUUAACAACCCUUCAGCAAUAGAUCCUCCUCCUCCUCCUCCUCCUCCUCGUCCUCCUCCUCUUCCUCGGGAUCUGAAAGGAAGGAGGAGAUAGAGAAGUGGAGAGGAAAAACAGAGCGAGGAAGAGACAGCAAUAGAGAGAGAGAGAGAGAGAGAGAGAGAAGGAGAAAAGGCUCUCUCCUUUCUUUACGGGGUCCUCAUCAUCACACCAUCCUGUGACUCCUACUAUCCGCUGUGUCGGUGUAUUUCUUCCAGAUAAGUGCCGGAGCCUCAUUGGAUGAGAGGGGAGGCUCAGAUGGGUCUAGGCUGUCUGAUUGGCUGGGAGGUUCACAUGUUCCUCAUUAGUACCAGCAGACUGUCUAUUUUCUGCGCCGGGGGCCCAGGGACAUGUCUCUGGCGGAAGCAGCAUCCUGGGAGCAGCCGCGCCGCGGCCCUGCGCCAGCCGAGGCACAGCGCUGAGGCGCAGAUCGGAGACGCCGCGCCGAGAUAACGGGCCUCAGUUCCAGUACCACCCCCACACACAGCGUCGCCGUCUGAUCGUCUGUCUCGUCUGCCGCGCUUCCUCCCCCCCCGCACCCCCUACACACACACACACACCCUCUCUCUCUCUCUCUCUUUCUCUCUUCUCUCUCUCUCGUCUGCCUCUGUGCAUCUCUAGCAUGGCGGCGACGACAGCAACGGGGCCGGACCUCCUCCUGACUCCCACGCCCAACCCCACCACCCUGCCCUCGCUGUCCACCAUGCCUGCCUCCCCCACCUCCUUCCCCGCCACCACCACCGUGGGGCUCGCCACCGCCGCCGAGAACGUCACCACCGCCGCCGCCGCCACCGCCGCCACCGCGCCGACUAUCCCUCUGACCACCCUGCUGACCACCACGCUGUCGGGCAACCAGACGGCCUUCAACGGCACAGGGCUGCCCCAGGUGGCAGAGCAGGCGGCGGGCAUGGGCAUGGUGCUCGUGCCCUUUGGCAUCAUCACUGUCCUCGGCCUGCUGAUCAUCGUGCUGCUAUAUGUAAGGAAACGGAAAAGACUGGAGAAGCUUCGGCACCAGCUCAUGCCCAUGUACAACUUUGACCCGGGCGAGGAGCAGGACGACCUGGAGCAGGAGCUGCUGGACCAUGGGCGAGACGGCAGCCCAGCCGGGCCCAACGCCAAGACACUGACAACAAGCCAAGGUGCCACUCAGAGGCCCAGCCGGCUGGUCUUCACCGAUGUGGCCGAUGCCAUCAAUGCAUAAUGCGCAUGGACCUGACAAACUGAACUGAAUGUCAGGACUAAAGAUCUGAGAAGACAGACUGAAGACAUUGGAGCAAUGACAUCCUUCGAGGACAGCUCCAGGUUUUUGGUCAUGACUUUGGGUGUGAUGAUGAGAGGGAGGAAGAUCGUCUGUUAUCCGUGCUGGUCUGCACCACAAACAACAUCUUGUCUUCCAAUUCGAUAUGGCUGUCUGUGUCAUGGACAAAGAAUGAUGUUAAGUGACGUUGAAUGAUGAAUGGGGGGUGAUGUUAAUUUGUUGAUAUUUCAGGCUUCAUGUAUUCAAGCAAUCAUUUCCUGAGUGUCGUGUCUUGUUUAUUGUAGGUGUAUCUGAGAACAUUGCACUAUCUGACACCCUUUUGUGUGGAAAUUCACUGCUGAAUGGAUGGCAUGUCAACAGCGUUCUUGUAUUCAAUGUUUAUUUCCUUAUGGGCACUUCUCUAAAUAGGGCAUAGAAAGAUGACUUUAUAUGAACACCUAUGGAAAAAAAAAAAUUAGAAAACUGACACGUGAUCUUAUCGCUGCCAUGGAUUCUGCCAGUCAGCGUGGUGUACUGUAGGUGAUGAUGUCCGAGUGUCCCCUUUCAAACUGGAGUAACACUUGAGUUAAUAUGCCCAUGCAAUACUGACUGGAGCUUUGUUGCUGGAGCUGGCGAGAUGACUGAGUUCAAUCAGAGUUCUGAACUCUAAAGCUGACUUUUAGACAACACUUAGGCUAAACAUUUUGGACACACGCCUCUGUGGCUGAAUGGACGGCGUGGACUGGAUUCCUUUUGAUGACUGUUCUGUUCUGUUGUUUGGAUACACUGCUGCAUGCAUUUUAGUAUCUCAUUGAAUGUUUUAAGGCUGGGUCCUAACCGUCAACAACAACAGUUGGCCAGGUGUUGUAAAGACAUACGGAUGAUAAAGGGAAACAUGAAGAGUGAUGGAUCAGAGGGAGAGAGAGAAUGAAAGAAAGAAAGAAAGAAAGAAGGAAUUUCCUCUACCCCACCUGACAUACCAUUACAAGGGGACCAUUGUGAGAGUCUAGUGUUUUAAAUAUACUUUUGUGACUAAGGGAAUAAAUACAUGAACAAAUAUUUUCUAAACUGUAAAUGGUUCUUAAACUGCAGUGGUUUUUAAACUUACGCAAGAUAAAGAGACUGUUCGACACAGUUAUACUACUGUAUCAAGGUUAACACAUGCACCUGCUGUACCUCCACAGUCUCCAUCUCUUCUGUCAGGAUGGAGAGGUAUUUAAAUUCGGUCCUGGUCCUUCAAAAGUCUACAGUUGCUUUCACCACCUUUAAAACAAGGUAGUUAUCCUCCCAAAAUGUCACAAACACAUAGCAAUUGACCAGUUCCCAGUGCUCAGUCUCUGCAGAUGACAGACAUAUAAGUUAUACAUAUAAGUUCCUGUAAGUAAAUAGAUGUUGAAAUAGGCUUAAUCACACUUAUUUUAUUAUGAACAUAUUUUAUAGUUCAGCCAGU